CCCCGCCCCGGUCUCCUCCAUGCCUCCGUCCGAAGCUAAGCCCAGCUAUCCGACAAAGAGGGCUGCCAAGCCGGGCGGCGGCGGAGCCAUGAGCCGGGAUUAUUCCGUUAACCUGUCGGUCCAGCAGGUGCUGAGCCUCUGGGUCCACGGCGCGAGCCUGCAGCACUUCACAGAGAUGUGGUACUGGGUUUUCCUGUGGUGUCUCUUCUCCUCGCUCUUCAUCCACGGCGUCGGCGGCCUGUUGAUGUUGGUCAUGCUGCAGCGCCAUAAGUGGGGGCGUCUCAUCACCAUGGUGCUGGUCAGCGUGGGCUUCCUGGCCUCCCUCUCUGGAGGCGUCAUCACCAGUAAGUUCGGGGGGUUGAUGGUCAUCAGUGAUCUGAAAGGCAGCAGCAGAUCUACAGCAGAUGUUUUCAUGGCCUAGUCAAAGUCCAGUGGCCUCAUUUUUACAAAAUACCUUCAGUUUAAUGUUUAACUGAAAAUCUUUUAACGAUGAAUGUUUGAAAAGUGGCUCAAUCCACAGUCAGUGUCUGGUUCCCCAAUG